GCUUCCUCGCCCAUUGAUUUGCACGGUCGCGCGUUAUUUCAGUGUAUGUCUCUGGCACUGUUUCUCUAGCGGAUCAUCUUUGUGUGUAGUUGGUUGUGUGUUACAACAUCGCAUCGUCGAUCAAUUCGUGAUCGGUCGUCGUGGACGAAAUUAUUUCGAAGUGCCCAUUUCAUAUGGGAGAUGAAAAAUGAAUUUUCCAUGGCCCACACACCGGUCGUUCUGAUCCUAGUAGCAACUUGACAGUAGUGACCACGAAAAAAAACGCGACGUUGGCGUCGUUAGUAAAAGUCACUAUUUUUACAUCUAUAAAACGAACCUGAACCGUUUGGCGAAGUGCACGAUUUCGGGUUUGGCUACCUAGCUGCGGGCAUAGCAAAAGUGUGAUACAACAUUGUUGGUGUUAGUGCAUGUGUGCGUGUGUGUGUCUGCGCGCAAACGUUUGUGCCGUCGGGUGUUUGUGUUCAUGUUUUGUUAUUGUUGCCGUUUUGGAGUCUUUCAUUAAAAAGUAUACCGAAGUUGCAUUUGAAGGCGAUUUGGUCUGCAAUGAUUUGUGUUGUGUGUUGGUAAAAAAUCAAUUGAAUAUGGAAUUUUUAAAAUAAUUAUAUCUUAAUAUUGGUGGAAAUACAGAAAGUUGGUGAAAUUAUUAAAUGAAAAGUGCUUGAAAAAAAAGUAUGACACAAAGUCCCCCUAACAGCACUUAGUACGCGAAGAAGAUUUUAAAAGGAAGAUAAAUGGAAGUGAUAAAAACGCGUUGAAAAAUUUAGGCAUUACAACAACCAGCUGAGCAAUAAGUGCACAGUGGGGAUGGGAAGAAAAUCAAAUCACAAGAAACACACACAACUCCAGUAGACACAGUCGGAACUGAAUGAAAAUUCCGACAGAAGCUGCUACACGCAACUUGGCCUCCGGAUAGAGAAACCAAGAAGAAAUGAUGAAGUAAUUCAACAGCAAAACAUAACCCAAACAACAGUUAGACUGCGUGUGCGUAGCAUCGGUAGGAAAAACCAGUCGAAAAGCUAUCGGUCCGCAGACCAGUCGACAAACAUACCAGAAAAUGCUGGCUGAAAGAUAAUACUUCCAACCACCAGUGCUGCCGACAGUGAAUCCAGAAAAAAACCACUCAAACCAUCCAGUGUUGCGUGGUGUACGUAAUCGAAAAAAACGAUUACUGAUCGAUAUAAAAGCAUGUGAGCGAAAGAAUAAAUACCAUUUCAAAGUUUAUGCGUUAAGGAUCCAGAAAAAUCUCAUUCAAAAGAUUUUUAAUUAUCAUAAGUGUGUCUAACCAGUGCUUCUAAAGUCUAGUAAAGUAAAAAAAGCAAUUGUAAAUUGAACACAAUCUAGCAUAACGACAAGUGAAUUGAAUGUUUCCAACAGAAUCUCCGGCAUUCGAAUACCAAAUAAGUGAAAUAUUGUGUCGAAUAAAAGCUAACGAAAACACCAAGGCGUGGAAGUGAAAACCCCAGACAAAUCAUUAACCCAGUAUACAACCACCCAGUCAGUCAGUCAGUCAGUCAUUCAGUUAAUCUGUUAGUGUUGUUUAGUGUUAUUUACCUUCUCGCGGUGCUAGUAUGCGUCAACAGUUGCGGGAAAAGCAGCAGUUAGAGGUACGACAGAGGAAAACACUCAUUUUUACUACACAAACCAAGCAAGCCCAGUUCGCAAUCCUCGACGUUUAGUAGAAGCUGGAGCAAGAAAAAAAAACGCUAUUUGAAGAAGUGGUGAGGAAAACGCAAUCGCAAAAGUAAAUGUCCUGAGGUAAACAAAGCUGAAAGCAAAAAAAAAUAAAAGUUUCCGUUUGUGUGGUUUUGUGUCUCGUCGCGUAUGUCUGAGUGCGUCCGUAACCGCAGAAGUUACGAGUCUACAAAGUUUAGUGCUUGUGUUUUUGUUCUGUUCGUGGUACUCGAGAAAAAAAGAAGUGAAAAUUUACAACUGGUUCAUCAUCAGCUUGCUGCUAUCGACUGCUGCUACUAUGCCGGGUGAGAAUCAAGUGCAAAACUAGAAGACUGCUCCGAAUCGUCACUCAGAUUUUGUGACCUACCGAAAAGGUUUACCGUGACUGCGAGAAAGAAGUGACUUGUCCGAUUUGAUUGAAGCCCACCUGUAUUCCGCAUUUGGCCCGAGCUGGAACGUUUAAACAAGAUAAUGGUUGUCGAAUCGGGACUAAUUAUUGCUUCCCAGAGGAUUGCUUGAACAACACUCCAGCCAGCAACGGAAGAAGCAGACGGUUCCCGCGCCGUGCCAGGCUCAGCCAUGAUUUUGCGAUUCAAAGACCACGGCAAAUGCAGGAAGAAAAGACCAGUAGUAUCGAAUAGGAAUCGUUUCAGCAAAUGAAUCUCCCACCGUAGACAUUUUUCCGUUUAUCCGCGUCCUCGGUCAGUUUUCUGGUUCCCGGAAAGUCAAUCAAAACCGAAACAACGAAAACGCUAACCCCAUCAGGUCAUGUACCGCGUAAACAUCAUAAGCACCAAUCCAACCGGGAACGUACAGCAGCUGCAACAAUCGCAGCAACCGCUGAACACGGCGACGACGACGACGACGACGGCGACGGCGACAACCAGCAGUCAGCAACCUCCGCAACUUACACUAGUCCAGCAGCAACAGCCCACGAGUGGCAUUCAAACCAUCAGUGCCACCACCACAACCAUAAUCGGACUGACGGCACUGAAUGCCUUCAAUGCCAGCUCGAUCAGUGGACUGGCGGCAGCAGCAGCAGCAGUGUCAUCUGGUGACAGUUCCGCAAGCGCUGUCGGGCCUGGCAAAUCGGCCACGGUGGUAAAUACCGGUAGCGUAACGGCCAAGCGUAUCCUGAAGGCGGCCGCCAACAAUAACAACAUCAGCAUCGUUAAAAUUGGCGAUGAAAUCAUGCUGAAAGCCGUCAAGGUGGAACCCGUGCCACCCGAUUCCGGUGGCGGAGGUGGAAGUGCCAACCCCACCAGUGGACUUACCGUUACCGUCGUACCGGCGGCCACGGCUACGGCCGUGUCAACGGGAAGCGGAACGGUUGUCGCAACUGCCGGCAAUGGCAAAGUCAUUUACGGCGCAAAACGGCGGCUGGAAAGCAAUGAGGAAUGGAUAUCGUCCCCUAGUCCGGGCAGUGUGCCAGGUUCCGCACCGCCCCUAAGCCCUUCACCUGGUUCCCAGAGCCAUACCUACACGACCACCAUGUCCAAUGGGUAUUCGUCGCCAAUGUCCACCGGAAGCUACGACCCAUACAGUCCAAAUGGGAAAAUGGGUCGCGAAGAUCUGUCACCCUCCAGCAGUCUCAACGGCUACUCCGGUGACGGCAACGAUGCCAAGAAGCAGAAAAAAGGACCUACCCCGCGGCAACAGGAAGAACUGUGUCUGGUUUGCGGGGAUCGGGCAUCCGGUUAUCACUACAAUGCUCUCACCUGCGAAGGUUGUAAAGGUUUCUUCCGACGGAGUGUGACCAAAAAUGCCGUUUACUGCUGCAAAUUUGGGCAUGCGUGUGAGAUGGACAUGUACAUGCGACGGAAGUGCCAAGAGUGCCGGCUUAAAAAGUGUCUCGCCGUUGGCAUGAGGCCCGAGUGCGUUGUGCCCGAAAACCAGUGCGCCAUCAAGCGGAAGGAGAAGAAGGCGCAAAAGGAAAAGGAUAAGCUGCAGACGAAUGCAACCGUUAGUACAACGAACAGCGCCUACAAGUCGGAAAUAUUGCCGGUCUUGAUGAAAUGUGAUCCACCGCCGCACGCAGCAAUACCUCUACUACCAGAAAAACUUCUGAAUGAAAAUAGGCUAAGAAACAUACCUCUACUGACGGCGAACCAGAUGGCCGUCAUUUACAAGCUCAUCUGGUACCAGGACGGUUACGAGCAACCGUCGGAAGAAGAUCUCAAAAGGAUAAUGAUCGGUUCACCCAACGAGGAGGAAGAUCAACAUGACGUGCACUUCCGGCACAUAACGGAAAUCACAAUCUUAACAGUACAACUAAUCGUGGAGUUCGCCAAAGGACUGCCAGCAUUUACCAAGAUUCCACAGGAGGACCAGAUCACGCUGCUGAAGGCCUGCUCAAGCGAGGUGAUGAUGCUGCGGAUGGCCCGUCGCUAUGACGCCGCCACCGAUUCCAUCCUGUUCGCCAACAACCGAUCGUACACGCGGGACUCCUACCGGAUGGCCGGCAUGGCGGACACGAUAGAGGACCUGCUGCACUUCUGUCGGCAGAUGUACUCGCUCACGGUGGACAACGUGGAAUACGCUCUGCUGACGGCGAUAGUCAUCUUCUCCGAUCGGCCGGGACUGGAACAGGCGGAACUGGUGGAGCACAUACAGAGCUACUACAUCGACACGCUCCGGAUCUACAUCCUGAACAGGCACGGAGGUGAUCCGAAGUGUAGUGUGAUAUUCGCCAAACUGCUAUCGAUACUGACCGAGUUGCGAACGCUCGGUAAUCAGAACUCAGAGAUGUGUUUCUCGCUGAAGCUGAAGAAUCGCAAACUGCCGCGGUUCCUAGAAGAGAUCUGGGACGUCCAGGACAUACCGCCCUCGAUGCAGGCCCAGAUCCAGCAACAGCAGCAUCAGUCAACCUCUUCCCAGUUAUCUGCCUCCGGUACCAAUAGUAGUAGUAGUAGCAGCAGCAGCAGUAGUAGUAGUAGUAGUUUACACGGGCAGCAUCCGCAAUUAACGCCAAAUCAGCAGCAGCAGCACAGUCAGUUACAGCAACAAGUUCACGCCAACGGUGGAAGUAGUGGUAGUAGUGGCAAUGGUACUAGUAACAAUAGCGCAGGCAUCUCCGCACUUAGUUUGCUCGAUCAGGUAUAGCUAGUGUAGGACACGGUUUCCGGGCCGGUUUCCAUUCCACUGCUGGCCAGCGAAACCGAGUCUCUCGCGACCGAUGCCCAAUCCAUUGUUUCCUUCCCCGAGGACGAAAUCUUAUUUAUCGUAGAGAGUUAAGCCGAUUUUCCGUUUUUAUAUCGCUUUUAUUUAUUUUACAAACUUGUUUUUUCUUAUAACCGUGCUACUUGCCUGUUUUGGUGACAAUCCAAGACGGGGAUGUGGCGGCUGUUCGUCGCCCGAAGGCAAGUGACUGAACUUUUUGUUCCCGAAACAUUUUGAUUUGACUCUUUCGAGAAAGUAUUCCAGACAAGAGUGGACUCGCCAGAAGCUUAUGAUACGAAAACUCGCAAAAUUUACUACACAGCAGCAAACAAGAAAAUUAAACUGUCAUGUUUAUACUAAAUAUGACUCAUAUUAAGAAAAAAACCCAAAACCUGGCGGGCUGCAUGAACGUCGUGUGACUAUCGAAAGGACAGAAGAAAAAAAAGUAGACAGAACACACAAAAACUAAAUAUUACACGCGUUUAGAGGUGUAACUUUACAACAAUGUAGCUGGUAAGGAAAAGAGAUGAAAGAGGAUCGUGGUUUGAAGUCUGAAAACAAAACGAAAACAGUAGGUGUGCAGGGGCUCGCUGGUCGUGCUCGGAAAAUCAAAUGAGAGGAAAACUAAUGCUGCCAAUCCCUCUUCUCCCGCAAAACGAACAAAACUAUUACCCAUUUAUUACAAUCCGAAUGGGUGCACCACAAGAAGAAGACUAGCCACUACUACCGAAAGGCGCUUUCCAUCUCCUGUUCCAUGGGUCCCUUGCUUGCUCAGUUUCAAGUGAUUGGAAACGAUUAACGCUGAAAUAUGUUAUCGGGUUGGACAGGGGAAAGGAAGAGAGACGGAGAACGCCAAAUCCACUUAACGCAAAAACAAACAGAGCGGCCAACCCGACCUCUUUCGUAUCGUUUGGCUGUGACUUGUUAAUAUUUUUAAGAUGAUACUAUAUUAGUUUAGAAGAGAACACACAUACAAAUAAUGAAACAAACAGAAGUUAAUGAAAAUAGAAAGAAAAAAAAUCAAAUCAAACCACUCGAGUACACGACAAACAAACAAAAUGAAAGAAUGUGUAGAAAGAAACUAGUAAGCAAACAAGUUUAGAACGCUUAGACGUUUCGGAAUCCGAACGGAAAUAAAUCAGUGGACGGCGGAUGAGUAAUGAAUACAAUAGGAUGUACAUUUUUUCUAUGUUUUAGGCUUAAGCUACAGUACAGACAGAACAAGAAAAUGAAAGCUGUAAGUUAUUUAGUUGCAUUAUGAAAAGGAAGAAGAUAAUGAUAAAGAAGCAAAUGCACCCUUGGCGUAGAUGUGUGCGGUUCUUGUAUUGCGAAUGAGUUGAGACGACGCGGUUCUGUUUCUUGUUGUUUCCAAGACAGUUUUUAGAGCACCCAGACAGGGCAGACAGUUUCGAACCGUUGCGUUAUUCAAGCAACGGGAGUGAACGAAACUGGGGCUGAUUUGCUAGGAACUUCCGACAAAAGUCGCGGCGCAUUGAUAGAUGGUUUUGUAUUCGGAAGGGAUAACAGAGAUCGACGCUUGCAAAGUGCAUGCUGACGUCGCGUUGUGAAGGUUUUGUGUCAAAAAAAUUUUUUUUUUGCAAAAUUAGGUCGGAUGCGAACGGGUUAGAUUUAAAAUGAUCUAAGUCGUGCUACGAAUCAGUCUAUGCUAUAAGCGCAAUACACUGAAUAAGUAUCAUUCGUCAGCUACAACCGACACUGAUUGGCGUGUAAAUUUUUGGCAGCCAGGUUUCGUACUGUCUUUGAUGGAAGGUUGAAUAACAUUGUAACGCUGAUUUAUUAACAAAGUCAGCUCAUCAUCGUCAUCAUCAUCAUCACUUUUAAACUAAUGACGUUGUGUUAAUUUUGAGCUAGGAAUUGAACAUUUGAUAGAAUCUCAAUAGUAGUAUUUUUGAAAGCAUAUCAUAUCGAUCGUAAGAAUUUCAUAAAAAUUAAUAAUUUAUCUAGGAACAUUUCACAAAUUAUUUUUUAUACUUUAAAUUCGAUGCGAAUCAUUAGACAAGGAUUAUUUUAUUCAUUCAAAAUGUCAUAUUUGUCCCAUGUUGUAGGGAAUUUUCCCUCUACAAGAAGCAAUUCUAUUGGAAACGACAGUUCAGUGCUUCCAUCAACUACAGAACUUUAAGUGGUUUAAAAGCCCAAUUUUACGCAUAGAAUGUGAUUUUCUUAGUAUUUUCGGUAAAGUUUCUGAGAAUGAUGGAUUUUGAUUCGUGUGAUUAUUCUCUCUAAAAGUGAGAUAUCGGAUGUUGGAACUAAUUCGUUGCGUUUUUUUUUUGUUUUGCGAAGUUUCGUGAUUUAUUAUGAUAGUAUCAUCACAGUACCGUUAUUAAAAGUCCAAUUUGUGAUCAUUUCGUAGUUUUGGAAGUUCUACUCUGACAAGUCAUGGAGCGAAACAAAUGGUAAUCGGAUGGGACAAUGUGCGGUGAAUAUGGCAAGUGAAACAAAAUCUCCCAUAAGUGUUUUGCACGGAUUUUAAUCGAACUACGUUACCAAAACUCCAUUGUCGAACUUUUACGGGCAUUCCUGCUCUUCCAAUUAAAAAUUGAUCUUUUUGAACCGCGCUAACCACUUUCCACAUGUUUACUCAGUCAUAGCAUGUUCACUGUAUACUUUAACCAAAAUACGUUCAUUUUCCGUUUCUUCGUGUUAAUGACACCUCUUGCAAAAUAGAUUUUUCAGAUACAAACAUCGACAUGUUUGGUACUGCACAACAAUUGCUACGAUCACAAUAACGAAAUUUCAUUGAUGGGUGAAGUUGCGCUGUGUCAGUAGAAUAUUUAUUUUUGUAUGUGUGACUAUGAAUAGUUUCAAAAGACAAUGUAGAUCAAUUUUGAAAAAAAAACGAUGUAUGGCAAACUAACUUUUUGCUACGAAGCCUUCAUGUCCAGGAAGUUAAACUCUAAGAGGGUGUGACUAACUCCGAAUACGAUUUGGUUUGAAUUGCGUCAAUGAUAAAGUGUAUUUUUCUGCACAUCAGAUUUCAAUGUAUAUUUGUUAUAAUGGUGAUUGUUACAAUACACAAUUUUCUUGCAUAUCUAAGCUUAUAAAAUUAAAUAUUAUGAAUUAUAUAAUGUUGAUAUGUAUAUCUUCACACAUUUUCAACGACUUUAAAUUGUGCUUAUGGGGUGACCCAGCAAGUCUAAGAACUAUCUGAUAAUAACAAUACGAGCUUAGUCAUGGACUGAAAAGUUUCAAUCAGUAAGGCCUGGGUCUGACAGUUUGGAGGAUUUAUCUUUUUGGGUUUUUUACCAGGCUACCAUGUUCUUCGCGUAAUGCACUAAUGCCAAAUCCUCCCAAAACAGUGCUGGAUUAUGAUGUUUUUGAAUCAUGGAGGUACUGUGACCGGGUUGACGGUUUAAUGCAUAGGGUAAUGACCUUACAAGCCAGUUGUCGUAUGUUCGAGCCCCGACCUGGAAUGAUUAUUAGUGUCAGUAGGAUCGUAGUACCCUAGCCUUUGAAAUGAUUCUAUACGCUAUGAAUCGGCUGCAAAGAGGAACAAGAAGGCCGAAUUCCACAGAGGAAUGUGUAAUGCCAAGACUGCUUCAGGUGCCGUGGCAAACAUUCCCAAACGAAAAUAACGCCGUCAUCAUACCUGUUGCUAUAAAUGGAAUCGAAAAAUUUCCACACUCACAAAUUGCCUUUUCAAAACUUUUUACUGAUUUUUUUGAAAAAAUGGACAGUAAUGUUUGAUUACAUCUCGUACGAAAGUACGCUUUUUACGGUGGAAGCUUGUACGAAUUUAUGUUCCCGGUUUUGCUUCACAGGGCCCGAUGUACGUUCAGAUUUUCCCUUGUCCUGAAAAGUAAUCUUCUUAAAAAAAGCUACGAAACGUUGGGAAUAGGGCACCAUUUGUGCACGACUUUCCUACACUUUUUACGGGGAAUUGCUUCUCAUUUUUGUGAAAACUAAUUGAUGGCGAAACCCAACUUUUUAUUCUUGGUUUCAUCUUAUGAAUCCAUGAUCGUAUCGCUAGUUUAGAGCGGAUCAUAGACCUUAUACUUUUUCAAAUAUUCAACUUCGCGACACAUAUGGAAAAAAAAAUGAUGAGUUGGUAUUCUUCCGAAAAGUAGGUAAAGCAUACUAAUUAUUAUACAUCAAAUUUUUAAAACAUGGCCUCCAUCAUUCCCAGCAAUUUUGCUGAAGAAAUUAUACCUCGGAAAUCACAUUUUCUGGUGUUUAUAAGCUGUGACAGUCACGCAGUUCCGUUUACCAUUUGAUACAGCGUCUGGCUCUGUUUUCCCGCACCGGAUAAAUCACUUGAAAAUGCAAGCAGAACCGAAGUGUAAAAUAAGUUAAAAUAAAGCUCCUUCAUUUGUUUUCUUUUUUAGUAAAGUUUAUCUAAACAAACUGGAUAAAAAUGAUCUAAUUGAUGCUAAUGUUUUUUCUUUUUAGAAAAGAAAAAAUGUAAUAACAAAUUACCGCUUGUGUGUGAGUGUUAGUAUGCGGUUGUGUGUACGAGUUCGUGUGGUUGAGAUCAAGUAAGAAAGCGGAAGCAAAUGCAUGAGUGGACGAAGUAAGCAAUAACGUAUAUUUUUGAAUAAUAAAAAAAAGAGAAAUUCAAUUUAGACAAAGGAGAGUGAAUCAAACGAGCGCAUAUACUGCCACAGUUUCACAAUCAUAUAAGAAGAUGAUUAUAUAUUAGGAACAGAAAAGAAAAUCAAAGCAGGAAGAGGUAUGAAAGCUGCACUAACGUGAUAAUUGUGGAAAGUUGUGCUCCUGAGAAAGAGCGAAAGAACGACAGAUCUGUGUGUUUACGAGCCUCUGUUGUUUAUCAAAUUAAUUUUAAAUCGGGACCGUAAGCAUUUUUAGAACGAAUUCCACCGCAAAUGUAUGGCCUUUGUUACUUUUUUUUUGUCAGUGAAAAGAACGUAAAUCGAUAACAAACACGUAUCAAAAUUUUUUUUAGUCAAAUUUUUAGCGAACCUCAUUUGAAUUUGUUUUGACGCCAGCCGUGAAGCACACGUAAACAGCAAAUGAAUUAGUCAAUUAUUCGCUUGUUUCAGUCGAAAAAACUAUACUUCCACAGUUCACAGAGUAACAGAAAUCAAUAGAACCAUAGAAAAAACAAUGAAAACCAGCAAUAACGGGAUCAGUUUCAUCAGUAGGAUUUACUUCUCUUCAAACAAGAAAAAAAACAGUCGAAGAAUUAAACAAAAUAACAAACAAACAUAAACGACACGAAACGGAAAGAAAAUCAGUUUUUGAUGCAGAAGUAUAAGUUUCGGAAACGGAGGUGCCUUUAGUAAAGAGUUAAAAAAAAACAAACAAACAAACAUACAGAUAAACAAAAAAAAGAAGGGAUGAGCAAAAAAGCAGGUGGCGUUGCGUGUAAAAAAGGAAUAACCCAACACAGAGUACUGACUUUUAUAAAAAAUGAACACUUGAAAAGACAGAAAAAGUGCAGUUGUUAGGUUAAAGUGAUAAAGCAGAAAUACAGACGAAAACAAGAGUAGUAAAUCCCAGAACCAGUAAAAGUAAACCUAGUAAACGGAAAAUCUAUCCGAUUAAGUGUACAAGUAAACCAGAACGGAUGCAAACGACUGAUUCAGUGAAAAAAAAACGAAAAUAAAUCAAAACUAAUAAGGAACAGAAAAACCAAAAUCAUGCAUAAACAAACACACAGAUAAUAAGCAGAAAUGAUAUGAAAUGAAUCGUCAAAAAAGUGCAACGACGAUUGAAAGCGCAAGUGAAAGCAAAAUCAGACAACUAUUUGGAGAAAUGAUGGAAACGGUAUUUGAGAAGGGAAUAGUUGGGGUGAUUAUUUUCACACCCGACCCCUUCUACCUAUCGAAAGGUGACGAGAGUUUAAAUGCGAAGAGUAACGCAGGGAGUGAAUAUUUGAUACUAAGAAAGAACUGGGAUAUGUGCAAAAUAAGGAAUUUCUCAAAACCUAUUAAUAUUUGUAUUAGUUAAUAUUAUUAUUGCUAUAUUAUUUUAUUUUAUUUUUGUAAUAAAAUAUUUUUUAACAAUUUGGAGGUUGUGUUUUAGUUUUAAUGCAGUGUAAAGUUAUUUUAAGUUUUUUUUUUCAUCUGUCCGCUCUAUACCAAAUUUUGAACAUUGCAUUGACCCCUCGAAGGACUUAAAUAAUAAAAGGAACCAAGCUUGCUAUUUACACAAUCAGGUUGUUUUGUUCAGAUAACCAUUCGAUGUAUUUUUUUUUCUUAAACACUUGUUUUUUUUGUAUUGCCUUACAUCAACUACGACAUAAAAAAAAACACCGACUGGAUCAAUAUUAGUAACAUUAUUUACCUAAUCGCAACACAAGUUGAUAUUGUAUGAAAGUUCGAUUGCUACAUAGUCUAAUUUUAGGCGAUUAUUUCUGUAGAAUGUAGCACCCCUGUAAGAAAACAAUGUCCAACGGGUGUGCUUCGUUGAUCCAAUGAGCUGUGAAACAAGAGGCUGAAUGGUAUUAUAUGUAUACCCUAUUUUUGAAAUAGAUUCAUUGAACGUCAAUCAAUUUUUGGCAGCUCGAUCCCGUCAACGAGUUCGAAAAUCAAAAUGAACUUUUUUUCACCACAAAUACCAGGCAUCUUAUCUCCGCUGUAUAAGAUUCACAGGAGGAUCUCGAAUCUUUAUGUUUGCUUUUUUCAUAAAAACGUGCUUAAUCCACCUAGCAGUGAGAUGAUACCUUUUUUAUCAAUCCGCAUGUGUUUUUUGCAUGAAUAUUCUUCGGUGUUUCAGUUUUAAUGACAUUAUUCUAAAAUGAUAUGAAAAAUUUAAAAUUUGAGAUUUUAAUCACUCAUUACUCUGUAAUAUCGAAACUGCAAAUCGGAUCGAAUUUAAAUCUAAAAGUGUAACAAUCGAUUAAACAUUCCAUGAUAUGUCGAAGUAAGUUCCACUUUAGAGUCUACAGUUAUUUAAGGUACUUUCAGAGCCGGUAUUCAGGAACCAGCAUAACCCAAACCGAUUCGUAUGGCUAUAUGACGAAUAAAUUGCAAUAUUUUUGAGUCCAACUUUAAAGCUUUUCGGGAUUGUCAUCUUCUAUAUCGCUGAAAUUCGAUUUGGCUUUUUUUUGAGAAAAUGAUUGAGGUUUGAGAAACGAUUCGAUACUGGAACCGGAAUUCGAAAUUCGGUGUAGCCGAAGUCAGACAAAUUCACCUGCGUAUUUAGUUUACAUUUGUUUCAAAAUGUUUGAAAAUCAAUGUAGACAUCUUUGAGGAAUCGUAGUGAGAAUUGAUUUUUUGGGUGCCAAUACAUUCAAAAAUAAAAUAAGUUUAUUUGGUUAUCGACUAUCCAAAUCUGCUAACUCGAUAAACCUGAUUAAUUUAUGUGAAAUAGACAUUUUUAUACUAAUCACCCUGUAUCUCCGAAACCGGAAGUUGGAUCUGACUGAAAAACAAGAUGUUUUAUAGAAUCUUAAAACCUUUCAUUUGAAUCUUAGAUGAUUCUUAGAUUUCAUUUGAAUCUUGUAUCGAUUCAGCCAUCUACGAGAAAAAUGAGUUACACAGUUUUAAUUUCAUUUCAAAUAUCAUCCUGUUGUUUCGGAACCAGAGGUCGGAACCAAACAUAAUUCUUGGAUAGGUAUUACCGAGCGGAAUCUAAGUCUUAAAAUAUAUUCUGUUUUCAAGGUCAAUUGUGACAAUACUGUAAAAAAACUGAAAAUUUGACAUAAAACUUCGUAUAACUAAAAAAGUAAACAUCCGAUCUCAAAACCAUUCAAUAGCGUUCAGGGUGACGGGGAGACCUUUCAUUUGCGACUAGUUUGAUCAAAAUCGGUCCAGCCAUCUCUGAGAUCUCGACCUCUUAGUUGACAACACACAUACAGACACACAUACACGAUUACAAAAAUAACAUAUGCAUCAACUGACAGCCUCUACAUAAGGUAAACAAAACGACGAGGGAUCGUCCAAUACAGUUUCAUUCGGAAUGUAGUAAUGACGUUGUUUUUUUUGUAAUAAAAUUUUUAUUCUGGCCUUUUCGCGUAAAAGCUUUACGUGGCCGAUUGGCUUACAUUUUUGUUACUUCACAAUUGUUUUUGCUAUUGGAUCUCGUUGUCACCCUUUCUCUAGGAGGAGAUGAGUUUCCAUUUCCAUCCAACGAGGAUCGGGGGUCACUUCGUCUGCCGCUUAUCUCAUCAUCCAUUGCUUCAUCGUCGGUGUUGUGUGUAAUUUCCGUUUUCUUUUCGUUUUCCUUGUUGAUCGUAGUCUUGGGCUCGUUGAGAGUUGCUGUAGAUGCGCCUUGUUGUACAUUGGUUGCAGCUGCUGGUUGGUUGGAGGGUAAGUUGUUAACUGCAGCUGGUGUACUUUGUUCUAUAAAGGAUGAUGAUGGAUUCGUUGAAGGGGAUGCUUCAUUGUUGUUGGUGACUGUCACAGAUGUACUGGGGUUGCUUGGGGUUGAUGUGAAGGAAGCACCGUUGUCCUUUGGUGUGGUUGUCUCCUUGUCCAGUUUAUCACAUGGCUUACCGUAGUGAACAGCUUUUUGGCAAUAUUGACAUGUGGCCAUCUGAAUGUCAUAGGUAACAAGUGAUUUGCACGGAAUUCUUGUAUCUUGACCGAAAGUCACAUAAGAAGGUAUAGGCCUCCUCAAGCGCAUGCGUAACAAACGUACGCCAUUUAGAAUACCGGGGAAAAAGUUCUUCCAUUUUUCUUUUUCGAUAGAGAAAAUCUCUCCGUAUUGGGACAUAGUUUUGCGAGUAUAAGAAUCGGUGACGCUUGAGGGAAGCUCAUGCACACGCACUUCUAUAGCACUAUCUUCCAUAUAUACUGGAAUGUUGUACUCAAUGUUCUCGUGCUCCACAUAGUGCACAUUGUUAUUGUCUUUUGCGAAUUGAAUUACAUCCAACUCUUUAUAAAACUGAAUGUAAACCACAUUAUUCGUCUUAUUGCAUUGAAGUAAAUGCACACGUUUAAUGUCGAGAUGCAUUUGCUCCUUAAGCAAACCUUCAAGUUCUCGUAUCGAAGGUCGAAUUUUGCACUGCCUGAAGUCAACAACAAUUGUAUUCUUUCGUGUCGGCGGUAGCUUUUGUUCGUUUGGUUCACUCAUUUCGAGGUCGUUCUAUUGUUCACUACACAAUACUGUACUUGGUUUCUUCCGUCUCGAACGGUAACGGUUUUGUUAUAUCGACUGACUUGGAUGAGAUGUGAAAGCGAACGAAUGACGUUGUUGUUUUCGUAGUUGUUGAAAGCAUCGCUUUUAAGCUUUUUCUAUUGUUUUAUAAAUGUUUAUUUCAUCGUCUACUGUAAUUUACGUUUGUAAUUUGGUAACAAAUACCUUACAAACUGGAACCAGAUGUUGUUUUGCUACUACUUUCUGUCUUAGUAGUACUGCUUUGGGCUGAUGUAGGUGAAGUUGCAUUGCCCUUAGAUGGAGUUGUCCUCUUGUCUAAAGUAUCUCACAAGAUUCGUCAUUCAAACAGUAAGAGCAAAUUCAGCAGCUACAAGAUUCAUAUGGGUGGCCUAUAAUAAAGGGUGAUUUUUUAAGAGCUUGAGAACUUUUUUAAACAAUAAAACGCAUAAAAUUUGCAAAAUCUCAUCGGUUCUUUAUUUUAAACGUUAGAUUGGUACAUGACAUUUACUUUUUGAAGAUAAUUUCAUUUAAAUGUUGACCGCGGCUGCGUCUUAGGUGGUCCAUUCGGAAAGUCCAAUUUUGGGCAACUUUUUCGAGCAUUUCGGCCGGAAUAGCCCGAAUUUCUUCGGAAAUGUUGUCUUCCAAAGCUGGAAUAGUUACUGGCUUAUUUCUGUAGACUUUAGACUUGACGUAGCCCCACAAAAAAUAGUCUAAAGGCGCCAAAUCGCAUGAUCUUGGUGGCCAACUUACCGGUCCAUUUCUUGAGAUGAAUUGUUCUCCGAAGUUUUCCCUCAAAAUGGCCAUAGAAUCGCGAGCUGUGUGGCAUGUAGCGCCAUCUUGUUGAAACCACAUGUCAACCAAGUUCAGUUCUUCCAUUUUUGGCAACAAAAAGUUUGUUAGCAUCGAACGAUAGCGAUCGCCAUUCACUGUAACGUUGCGUCCUACAGCAUCUUUGAAAAAAUACGGUCCAAUGAUUCCACAAGCGUACAAACCACACCAAACAGUGCAUUUUUCGGGAUGCAUGGGCAGUUCUUGAACGGCUUCUGGUUGCUCUUCACUCCAAAUGCGGCAAUUUUGCUUAUUUACGUAGCCAUUCAACCAGAAAUGAGCCUCAUCGCUGAACAAAAUUUGUCGAUAAAAAAGCGGAUUUUCCGAAUGGACCACCUAAGACGCAGCCGCGGUCAACAUUUAAAUGAAAUUAUCUUCAAAAAGUAAAUGUCAUGUACCAAUCUAACGUUUAAAAUAAAGAACCGAUGAGAUUUUGCAAAUUUUAUGCGUUUUAUUGUUUAAAAAAGUUCUCAAGCUCUUAAAAAAUCACCCUUUAUAACUGAAACUGAAACAAACGUAUUCACAGCAAGCCGUUUUAGUUUUAUUUAUUCGAACAGUUCUACUGUCAAAUUUAAAACCGGUAUACGCUGCCGUUAUAUUUUUUCUAUAUUUGAAACACAGAUAAAACGCUGCUGAGCUGCCAGUAUUUUUUGUUAUAUUUUCUAGAUUCAAAUUUUAAUACUGACACAAAUUAUGCAUCUAGAACUAGAACUCUACUGAAUAUGCCCUAAUGGGCAGAAUUCUGACAAUACUGACAUGCAGCCGUCUGAUUGUCGUAACUGACCAGCGAUUUACACAGAUAUUCGGUGUGUGAGAACAAAAUCACAUGGGAAGGAACCGAAUGGACGAGUACAUGUGCAACACACACACAUAUAUACUUCAUUCAGGAUGCCGCGAACACUUCUCUUUCGAUUGAGAGAACCUCCCGGUACAGAGACAUUCCGCUUCGAACAAAAUCGUCGGUAGCGUCUGUACACGGAGAAUCCCUAGAUCACAAAGUUACAAUAUUGCAAUUGUUGUUUCAUACCCUUUUUGUUUCAACCGAAAUGUUAUUGAUUUGACUAACCUAUCUGCCAUAAACAAAAUUGUUACUUUCGAAUGCUGUCAGUUGGCUGAGAAUGAAGACAGAAAAAUGCAAACCAAAAACCUGUAACGUUUCAUGUUGAAAUAUGAAAUACUUAACAGUUCGGCUGAAAAGUUCGUAUCGUUUAAAAGAAACACACAUUUUUUGCCAAAAUUCGUUUUUAUUAUUCAACAUAAUUGCCAUCAGAGGCGAUACAGAGAUUAUAGCGAUCUUCCAACUUUUCGAUACCAUUUUUGUAGUACGAUUUGUCCUUUGCCUCGAAAUAGGCCUCAGUUUCAGCGAUUACCUCUUCAUUGCUUCUAAAUUUUUUACCAGCGAGCAUUCUCUUGAGGAAAAAGUCACUGGGGGCUAAAUCUGGAGAAUACGGUGGAUGAGGGAGCAAUUCGAAGCCCAAUUCGUUCAAUUUCAGCAUGGUUUUCAUCGACUUGUGACACGGUGCAUUGUCUUGAUGAAACAAAACUUUUUUCUUCUUCAAAUGAGGCCGUUUUUUUUUUAAAUUUCGUCCUUCAAACGCUCUAAUAACGCUAUAUAAUAGUCACUGUUGAUGAUUUUUCUCUUUUCAAGGUAGUCGAUGAAAAUUAUACCAUGCGAAUCCCAAAAUACAGACGCCAUAACCUCACCGGCCGAUUGUUGAGUCUUUCCACGCUUUGGGUUCGGUUCAUCGCGUGCAGUCCACUCAGCUGACUGUCGAUUGGACUCCGGAGUGAAGUGAUGGAGCCAUGUUUCGUCCAUUGUUAUAUAUCGACGAAACAAAUCGGUUUUAUUUCGAUAUAACAGCUCCAAACACUGCUCAGAAUUAUCAAUUCGUUGUUGUUUUUGAUCGAUUGUGAGCUCACGCGGCACCCAUUUUACACAAAGCUUUCUCAUAUCCAAAUAUUUGUGAAUAAUAUGUCCAACACGUUCCUUUGAUAUCUUUAGGGUGUCAGCUAUCUCGAUCAACUUCACUUUACGGUCAUUGAAAAUCAUUUUGUGGAUUUUUUUCACGUUUUCAUCAGUAACAGCCUCUUUUGGACGUCCACUGCGUUCAUCGUCUUCGGUGCUUAUAUGACCAGUACGAAAUUUUGCAAACCACUUACGAAUUGUUGCUUCGCCCGGUGCAGAGUCUGGAUAACACUCAUCAAGCCAUUUUUUGGUAUCGGCGGCACUUUUUUUCAUCAAAAAGUAGUGUUUCAUCAACACACGAAAUUCCUUUUUUUCCAUUUUUUUUCACAAUAACAAAAGUAGCUUCACUCAAAAUGCAAAAUCUCACAAACUAAUAAUCAGACAGCUGUCAAAUUUAUACACGUAUCUUUUGAAGGUUGGUACUAACUGAAAAUGGUAUGGAUUUAAUUCUAGUGACGCCCUCUCAUAGAAACGAUACGAACUUUUCAGCCGAUCUGUUAAAAACAUAUUUCACCAGAAACAUUCCAUAUUGAAAUAUUUAAAUGACAAUUGAACGCCAUUUAUAUCAGUUUCGUACUUGUCAUUGCAAGUAAGUGACAGUAUACAAAACAACAUACGAAUUAAUUGUAAAAUAAGGAUUCAUUUUGCCGAAUAGAUAUUUCUGCAAUAUAAAUACUUUCAUUUUAUCUGCAUGUACUAUAUUUUCGGAUAGCUCAUGUCAAUGAGAUUAAAAAUUAUUAACGCAUUGGCUUCAUCUACAACAUACUAGAAAACGAAAUUAUGCGCUUCCAGCAAUCCAAUUUGCAAGUGAAGUAAACAUUGUCUAAUGGCCUGUGAACAUUUUGCUGGUCAAUUCCAUCUGGGAAAUCACAAUCUGAGUUUAGUUAAAGCAUUAUUUUCUUACCAAAAGUUGUCAUGGUUCAAUCAUUCCGAAAAAAAAGUGCUUAAUCCACCUAGCGGUGAGAUGAUACCUUUUUUAUCAAUUCGCAUGUGUUUUUUGCAUGAAUAUUCUUCGGUGUUUCAGUUUUCAUGACCUUAUUGUAAUGUCCGUCGUUUUAAGUGGCAAUUUGAAAUUUUAAUCACUCAUUACUCUGUAAUGUCGAAACUGCAAAUCGGAUCGAAUUUGAAUCUAAAAGUGUAACAAUCGAUUAAACAUUCCAUGAUAUGUCGAAGUAAAUUCCACUUUAGAGUUCAGGGUAAUGUAAGGUACUUCCAGAACCGGUAUUCAGGAACCAGCAUAACCCAAACCGAUUCGUAUGGCCAUAUGACGGAUAAAUUGCAAUGGUUUUGAGUCCAACUUCAAAGCUUUCCGGGAUUGUCAUCUUUUAUAUCGGUUUGAAUUUUAAAAAUUCAUCAUCCUACAAUUCCAGAAUUGGAAGUCAGAAUUGGAUAAAAUUGAAUUUAUUUUAAUUUGAACUUUUGUUUCUGAAAUUCGAUUUGGCUUUUUUGAGAAAACGAUUCGAUACUGGAACCGGAAUUCGAAAUUCGGUGUAGCCGAAGUCAGACAAAUUCACCUGAGUAGCUGUAUAGUUUACAUUUGUUUCAAAAUGUUUGAAAAUCAAUGUAGACAUCUUUGAGGAAUCGUAGCGCGAAUUGAAUUUUUGGGUGCCUUCCGAAACAAAAACUGAAUACAACCAAAAAUGAAAUAAGUUUAUUUGAUUAUCGACUAUCCGAAUCUGCUAACCCGAUAAACCUGAUUAAUUUAUGUGAAAUAGACAUUUUUAUACUAAUCACCCUGUAUCUCCGAAACCGGAAGUUGGAUCUGACUGAAAAACACAAUGUUUUAUAUAAUCUUAAAACUAUUCAUUUGAAUCUUAGAUCGGUUCAGCAAUCUACGAGAAAAAUGAGUUAAACAGUUUUAAUUUCGAUUCACAUAUCAUCCUGUAGUUCCGGAACCAGAGGUCGGAACCAAACAUAAUUCAGGAACCUUGUUUGGGAGUAUACGACUUUUCAUAUGAAUCUGAUGUCGUUUUUCAUUGAGAACACUCGUGGAGUGUUUUGCUCGAUUCGUGCACUUUUCGUGCAGUCGGGCAAUCAAAACAGGUGCACUGUGUUUCAUUGAUUUGCACCGCACGAAAAAAAUGCACUUUCGGGGCAAUUCUCGCAACUAUUUUGCACCCGUUUUCUUUUCAGAGCAGCAAGCGUGCAAACCAAACUUUACAGAACCGUUUCAUUGAUCAACUGUCAAGGCAAAACACUGGCACCGAGCGAGUGGAAUGAAUGAAAAACGACAUGAGUUUGUAGAAAACGGUUGAGUCAUCUCCGAAAAAAAUUGAGUGAAAUUAUUUGUCACACACAUAUUUGCUGAUCUCGACGACCUAAGUCGGAUGGUUCAUGGCUGUUAUGUUCUUCCAGCAUUUAUUGCUGUAAGUAGUUCAAAUCAAUAUAAUUAUGGAAUUGCUUUCAACUUGAAAAUUCUGCCAUCAUCUGGUUUACAGAUGUCGUAUUCGAACGUUCAUGUUGCCAAAAACCAAUCGUGCUAAAAUUGGUCCGAGGCAAAAUGUCAUGCUGUACACAGUCUUUUGGGUACUUAGAAACAAAUGUAUGUAACAAUAUAAAAAAUCGUGUUUUAUGUUGCUUCGCCAGACAGGCAAAACUUCUGCUGCUGGAAUAGGGGAAAAAGUCACUUACACAAAAAUUUCGAUAUCUCCGUUAAAACUGGACGGAUUUUAACAAUCUAUGGCUUGUUGGAUAGGUAUUACCGUGCGGAAUCUAAGUCUGAAAAUAUCUUCUGUUUUCAAGGUCAAUUGUGACAGAUACUGCCAAAAAACUGAAAAUUUUGAUAAAAAACUUCGUAUAACUCAAAAAGUAAACAUCCGAUCUCCAUUCAAUAGCGUUCAGGGUGACGGGGAGCCCUUUCAUUUGCGACUAGUUUGAUCAAAAUCGGUCCAGUCAUCUCUGAGAUCUCGACCUCUUAGUUGACAACACACAUACACACACACGGACAUUUGCUCAGUUCGUCGGGCUGAAUCGAUUGGUAUAUGACAUUCGGCCCUCCGGGCCUCGCAAAAUUUUUCUAAAGUUUGAGCGAAUUCUAUACCUAUUUUUUAUAUUUAUAAAAAAAGUUAAAAAUCAAUCUUAACCUAAAUUUCUAGUCUCCCAAAUGAAAAUUGUUAUAUUACAUUGCACAUAUUUUGAAGAGACUUACAGUAAAAAAAUAUUUCAGUUCAAACAACUGAAUAAUUGUCCGUAGCAACUUAGACACGUUUUGCUUUCAUGCAACUUUCUAUGGUAAUUUUACUGACAAUGUUGUACAAAUGACACCAAAUAUGUUGUGUGCCAUUGCUGGAUGUCAUUGCUAAGCUGCCAGCAUGAUAAAUCAAAAAUGAAACUUUAGAAAAAAUAAUAAACGAUUAGUUGUAGCAAAUUUUAACCGAUCAAAUUCCGGAAAACAGCUAAACAAUUUAGGUGUUUUGCGAUCGCAGUCCUUUGCGUUUAGAAAGAUUAUGCACUUCUAUUGCAUAGAUCGCACUAUCACCUUUAUUUAGUUUAAUCUCAAAUACUUUCUUCAGCUUAAUUUCUGUUUCUUGUAACGAAAAGCAAAUGCGGAAUGUUUUAAAAUCAAUAAUAAUUGAUCUUGAUCGCCGGUGACCGUCGAUUUUAUCUGUUAGUUUAGCUCAUCUCAAAAGUGUCUUAGUUUUCACAACGUUGUUGUUUUUUAUUCAGUUUUCUCGGUCAUAAGCAAGUGGACUGAGUUGGACAAGGUGCCAAUGCCGAACGGAAAUAUCUGGUUAAACUGUUAUACCGCAAGUUCGCGUGAAAACUUAUUCAUUAUCAUCCGGUACGGACAUUAUUAUUUCUGAGUUUGGUUGGAGAUUCUUAUUUUGCAAAUAAUGGAAAACUACGGAGGUGGACGAUUAGUGUAACCGGUAAAGAAAGUCGCGUUUGGAAUAUUUGGGCAUAACUGAGAGAAGAUCCAGAACGGAGCCGAAAUUUGACUUGUUUUGUCAUUAGUCACUGCCGAAUAUACUACUAAAUAGUGAUGCUAGUACAGCUACACAGACAUCCAUUUGAUACGUAGAAUACCAUUAAAAAGAGGGACAGAAAUAAUCCCAUAGGCAUUAAGUGUAAAUUACAAAUAACAGAGAGAAUAACGAACAGAAAUCCAACUGCAUUACGAUCUUCACAAGUACUCAGAAGAGUUCAGUUAUAAGGUAUCGUAAGAUUUUCAAAUAUCUUAUAUUAGAAAAAGCUACAUACCGUAAUUUGAACAUAUUCAAUAAUCGUCAGAUAUUAAGAUCAAAUCUUGUAAUCUCAUUAGACAUGAAUCAUUAGUCCUCCAAAAGUGAACUAGAACUAAAUGCGUAAAUUUAAGACAUUUCAAAAAGAACUUAAUGUCAUGAUAAUCAUCAGCACUCUGGUCACCAAUUCUGUCAAAAAAUACUAAAAUGUAAAACAAGAAACGAAAAUAAACAACCAAACAAGAAAAAAAAAUUGCCACAAACGAAGCUCAAAUAAAUGAGCAAUAAUUUGAGGUUAGAUUGGUUGUGAAACGUUAGAAAUGUCACUUUUGAUGGUCGCGGAAACAAAAACGUUUUAGAGAAAAAUCACAUUAAUCGCACAAAUCUUUCUGAUCUCGAUUUAUAGGCUUAACAUACAUGCUGAUUAAAUACUGCUGAUCGAACAUUGUGUAAAAAUUACCAUUGCAAAAUAGUAAAUAGUUUUAAGACUAACGGUAAGAUUCUAAUAAUAAACACAAAAGACACUGCCAAGGUUAAGAAACAUUUUUAAAAAUUUGGAUUCAUGAAUUAGAACCUAGGAGUAUUUACAAACCAAAAAUAAUUGCUCGGUGUUUUCUCAAACUCUAAUUUUGUCCCGCACCAUAGACAACAGCAGCUCGAUCAAAAAUCCCACUAAACUCCAAAUUAAUCACAGCAGUAGAUGUCGAUAUCCAUAGCAACGGAAUAGAUAAGAUAAGAAUCAAACUGCCAGUUUUAGCUGAACACGUUUUACCACAUAACUUUUGAUAAGUGCUUGUAGAGAUUUUUAUAAAACUAAUAAAUACGAUCAGAAAUGCUCUUUGACAUAAGCACGCACAUUUGCGUGGCACGUGGUUGAAUGUCAAAAGUGACAGUUUUGACGAACAGCAACGUCCAGCUAACCUCAAGAUGAAUUCUCACCAACAAACAGUCAAUGUGGAUAAAUAAAUGACCAGCAUUUUUGUGUCUAAGUGUCUAGAGUUCAAACCUGCAUGCGCGACUAUACCAUGAAACAGCAGCCUGUCAAUCCGGACAGUGAUGCCAUCUACGGAAAGGGACUAAAACAGAUAGUUGGUUUUCUUAGAGGUAAGCAUUUGUGCACAGCAUUUUAGUCGUUUAUUUAAUAUCUAAUAUGAGAGUGAAUAACUUGGAUGUUUCAUUGCUAAAACCAUUUAGAAGUAUAAGAAAAUGAUAGGAGAUUUUGAAUUUGAGACUGGCAGGUUUUGGAGCGGGUUGAAGUUUUCACAUUGCGUCGUUCUUCAGCGCGUACCGAAGUGAAAGUUUAUCAUCCCACUACCAUUAUCGAUUGCAAAUGGGCACCGUUCGUAUAGUGUGUUCCGUUUAGAUUUAGUUUCAUUCAGUUUCCAUAUAAGUGAAGUUAGCAUAAAGAAAAAGAAGUAACGAAACGAGUAAAAUUGGCACAAUAUAAAACAAAAGACUUGAAAACAUUUGGGAAAUUUAUCAAAGGCGAAAAGAAAUUUGAACUUUUCAUUUUGCUCUAGUUUACCAUCAUUGAACAAAAUAACAUGAACAAAUUAUGCACUUAUUUGUUAAGUGACAACAAGAGAGAAAAAAUCAAAUAAAUUAAAUGACUGAUCGCGGUGCUCUUCAUUUAAGAACAGUUUUUUGAGAAAAAGGUAAACCAACGGAUAAUUAGUAGAUGGUUAAAUUUAUCCAUAAACGUAGAAACAAAAUUAAUAUAGUCAUUAAUUAUUAGUAUUUUGAUAGAAAAUCAUAAUCAUAAAUUGGCAUUCUUCUGUUAUUUUAACGGUUAAUUUUGGCGCGACGUGUCGACUUAUUUAGAUACGGUUCUGCUAUUAUCAAAAGCCUAAAAUUUACACUCAAUUUGUUGAAUUUGUAGAAAAAUAGCAUUUCGGUUGCUUUGUGUUUCAACCAAAUUAGAAUUUUCAAGAUCGUUUCCAGUUUACUACCUCUGUUGUUUCUAGCAAUGCUAUUGGAAAUUUUGAUUUAUGAACAUAAUUAGUGAGGUAUUUUCAAACACACAAAGUUGACUGAACGUAACUAAUUAAGAAAUGCCAUCAGAGAAUAUUUCUUAUCGUUAAAGAAUGGAAUAAUGCACGCAGAACCACUUCAAAUUUUUCUGAUAUUGUUGGCAAAUUAUAAUCUAACUAGUAGCUACAGUAUUAUACUUAGUUAUACAAAAAGAGGGUAAAACUACAUGAAUCUAUGUGCAAUAAGUCGAUACAAAAAAUAUCUCAACAGAUACGUGAAACCGACAAAACCCGGAUGAGGCAAAUCAGAUUAUGAACAAUGAUACAAAACAAACCGAACAAAAUAGCAAAUGAAAAAAUUUGCAGUAGCAGUAAACAAAUCCUCACAGGACAAACAUAAAAAACUUGUUACUAGAAUGUUUAGUUGUUCAUUUUUAUAAAGACCUAUAUAAACUUUAAUGCAAAAAGUAAAAAUUGUAAAACUUUCUCUUUAAAAUCUAUUAUCGGUACUACCCUCCUAAGAACAGAAGGAAACAAAAGCACAGACCUACCUGUACAUAUAAGGUCACAUUAAGAUAUAAAGUAUAUGGAAAUAGAAAUCAACCAUAUAGCAGUAAGUCAACGGAGCGAGAAUAGAUGAGCGGCCGAGCAAACCACGUAAUCGGAUACAAAAAAAGUUCAAACAAAUUCCAAAUAUUGACUCAGAUUAAUCAUGAACAACAAACACACGCGGGAAAGAACUCAGACAAAAACGAAAAAAGAAUAAUAAAAACCGUUAAAAUAAUGAAAACAGAAAAGUCUUAUUUUUAUAUGGAAAUAAAUGCUACUACAAAAUAAUGAUAACUUAAAAAAACACAAAACCAGAGAGUAAACAGCAACAAAACAGUCAGGAAACAAAACAAAACAAACAUGUAAACAAAACCGAGAGAAAACAAAAAUAAAAUAAAAAUAGAUAUUGUUUCUUACAUGAAACUUUCACAAAAGAAAGUACAUACAGAAACCGCAUAGUACAUAACAAAACAGAAACACUUUUCUUUCUCCUUGUCGAAUCGCACCGAUUCAUUUACAUAUAUUAUGAAAAAACAAAAUCUAUUGCAAACAAGACGGUUAUAGAUAGCAGAGUAAGAGACGGCAUGAUGUAUAGAAGAUUAUUAUAAGCGUGAGAACAAAGUGGAGAAAGAAAGCAAAAUAUUAUAUUAUUACCACAUUACGAAAAGAGAACUGCAUACAGAGAAGAAAAAAUCUUAAUAAAAUUAUAUAUUAUGAUCAA